AUGCUCUCAGCACUUCGACGAACCACUCUAAUCACAAGACAACUCACAAGACCACCCACACCAACCAGACCAUCCUCCACCGCCACCACCGCCACAAUGACCGACACCAGCAAAUACAAAUUCAACCACACCAUGCUCCGCGUGAAAGACCCCGUCGCGUCCGUCAAAUUCUACCAACACCUGGGCAUGUCCCAAGUCAACAAAUUCUCCUUCCCCGACAACAAAUUCGACCUCUACUUCCUCGCCCACGACUCGCCCAAGUCCGCCUCGCACGGCAACCACUGGACGGACCGCGAGGGAAUCAUCGAGCUGACGCACAACUACGGCACCGAAAAUGAUCCCAAUUUCACAGUCGCCAACGGCAACAAGGAGCCUGGCAAAGGGUUCGGACAUGUCUGCGUUAGUGUGGACAACAUUCAAGCCGCGUGUCAACGUCUUGAGGACGCUGGCUACAGAUUCCAGAAAAAACUCAAGGACGGCCGGAUGCACCACAUCGCCUUCGCGCUCGAUCCAGAUGACUACUGGGUCGAGAUCAUCGCGCAGAACCCCGUCGACAAAACUGAAGACGUCAAGUCGACGGAUCUUCAGACAUACCGCAUGAACCACACGAUGAUCCGCGUCAAAGAUAAAGACAUCAGCCUCAAAUUCUACCAAGACGUCCUGGGCAUGACGCUCCACCGCACCUCAGAAGCAAAAGAAGCCGGCUUCAACCUCUACUUCCUCGGGUACGGGCCCGCCCCCUCCUCGGACGACACCUCCAACGGCGUCAACCCUACCGCAUCCCGGGAAGGGCUCCUCGAACUUACUUGGAACUACGGGACCGAGAAAGAGUCCGGACGGGUGUACCAUGAUGGAAACGCUGAGCCGCAGGGGUUCGGACAUAUUUGUGUGUCUGUUGAUGAUUUGGAGAAGGCGUGUGAGCGGUUUGAACAGCAAGGAGUGCAGUGGAAGAAGAGGUUGACGGAGGGUCGGAUGAAGAAUGUGGCGUUUGUGUUGGAUCCGGAUGGGUAUUGGAUUGAGGUUAUUCAGAAUGAGAGGUAUAAGGAGGCGCCGGGGAAGUAUUAG